ACUCUCCUUAUUCUUCAGUUCAAAGUACUUGUUAACAAUAUCCAGACAAAAGUAGUUAAACCUUUCACAGGAUUCGAAACAAAAAGGAAAAAUUAAAAAAACAAUUUGAUUCUCAUCAGGGAGGAUAAAGGAAUUCAACAAUGGCAUCUUCUUCAUCAAAUGAAAAGAAAAGAAAGUUUAAAAGAAUAUGUGUGUUCUGUGGAAGUAGAGCUGGAUACAAAUCUUCAUUCAGUGAGGCUGCUCUUGAGCUUGGGAAAGAACUGGUUGAGAGAAAGAUUGAUUUGGUUUAUGGAGGAGGAAGUUUAGGGCUAAUGGGAUUGAUCUCAAAGACUGUAUUUAAUGGAGGUUGCCAUGUUCUUGGAGUGAUUCCUAAAGUUCUCAAGCCCCUUGAGAUAUCGGGAGAAACCAUUGGAGAAGUAAAAACAGUUGCAGACAUGCACCAAAGGAAAUCUGAAAUGGCAAAACAUGCUGAUGCAUUUAUUGCACUUCCUGGUGGAUAUGGAACAAUGGAAGAAUUGUUGGAGAUGAUAACUUGGUCUCAGUUAGGAAUACAUGAGAAACCAGUGGGAUUGUUGAAUGUAGAUGGGUAUUAUAACAGCUUGAUAACCUUGUUUGAUAAAGGAGUUGAAGAAGGUUUCAUUUAUGAUUCUGCAAGACAAAUUCUUGUCAUGUCAAACACUGCAGAAGAACUCAUCAACAGGAUGGAGGAGUAUUCACCAAUUCAUGAGAAAGUUGCACCAAGACAAAGCUGGGAAGUGGACAAAUUAGAGUCUACUUCAAGUGGGGAACCCUAAAGAGAUCUUAGAUCUUAAUCAAUCAUGAUAAUGUUAUAUUUGUGUAUAAGAUAUAUGAAUAUUAUUGUUCCUUUAUUUCACUUUAACAGAAUAAAAAGAAAAAGACACCACAGGAUUGAUCUCUA